GAACUCUCCCCAAACCACGGCUCUGGGCUGAUCCAGGACCUGUGAUGUCACUAGGAGCAACUGUGGACAUCUGGUGUGCAUGGACUCUGGGGGCCCAGCAGUGCCAUCUGUUUAAAGAGGGAAUCUCGGUGCCCUGGAGGUCACAGAUGUUCAAAACACCCAUGAACACUGCCAUGUUCUCCAUCCCAUCCGUGACAGAGCACGAUGCAGGGCGGUAUCACUGUUACUAUAAAAGCUCUACUGGGAGGUCAGAACCCAGUGAGCCCUUGGAGCUGGUGGUAAUAGGAGUCUACAGCAAGCCCAGCCUCUCAGCCCUGCCCAGCCCUGUGGUCCCCUCAGGAGGGAACAUCACCCUCCAGUGUGGGUCACAGAGAGGAUUUGACAGGUUCAUUCUAACUGAGGAAGGAGGAGACAAACCCACCUGGACACUGGACUCACAACACAACAGGGGGAAUGUCCAGGCUCUGUUCACUGUGGGCCCCGUGAUUCCCAAGCACAACUGGACACUGAAAUGCUACGGCUAUGACAAGAACAACACGCAGGUGUGGUCAGAGCCAAGCGAUAUCCUGGAGCUCCUGAUCUCAGGGCUGUCCAGGAAGCCCUCCCUCCUGACCCAGCAGAGCCCUAUCCUGGCCCCCGGACACAACAUAACCCUCCAGUGUCACUCUGACCUCAGCUAUGACACAUUUGCUCUGUCCAAGGACAGGGCAGGUGACCUUCCCCAGCGCCCUGCCAGGCAGCCUUGGGCUGGGCUCUUUCAAGCUGACUUUGUCCUGGACCAUGGGAACCGCUCCCAUGGGGGCCGCUACAGAUGCUACGGUAGACACAAUAACUCCUCAGAGUGGUCAGCACCCAGUGAUCCCCUGGACAUCCUGAUCCCAGGACAGCUCUCUGCCACACCAUCUCUCUCAGUGCAUCCAGGACCCACAGUGUCCUCAGGAGAGAAUGUGACCCUGCUGUGUCAGUCACAGAGCCCGAUGGACACUUUCCUUCUCUACAAGGAGGGGGCAGCCGAUCCCCCCAUGCGUCUGAGAUCAGAGCCCCAAGCACAGCAGUCACAGGCAGAAUUCUCCUUGGGAGCUGCAAGCUCAGGCCUCAGGGGCACCUACAGGUGCUAUGGCUCUCGGAACUCAACUCCUUAUCUGCUGUCACAGCCCAGUCAUGCUGUGCAGCUCGAGGUUUCAGGACUGGCACGGCACCUGAAGGUUCUCAUCGGGGUCUUGGUGGCAUCAGUCCUUCUGCUUCUCCUCCUCAUCCUCUUCCUUGUCCUCCAACACCAGCGCCAGAGCAAAAGCAGGAAGGCAGCCCAGAAAGAGGCUGACAUCCCCCAUCCAGCAGGGGCUGCAGGGGCUGCACCCUGGGAUAGAGGCCUGCAAAAGAGGUUAUUCCUGCCCCAGGACUCAGAAUCCCUGCCUGCACACACUCACAGCCAACUGACACCCCUUGUCUCCCAAGCUCAAGCCCACCCAUUGCCACCCAGGAAGAAAACCUCUGUGAGAGGA